AUGGAAGUACAUCGGUGCUACAUCAACACUGAGCAUAAUCCUGCAGAUAUUGCAACUAGGCCAGAAACAUGGAUCGAGAAAAAACAUUUAUGGUUCCAUGGACCAGCAUUUCUUGCCGCAGACAAAAGAACGUGGCCGAGAAAUAUGCACCUGGAAGACCACGUCGUGUCUGUUUCAGCAGCGGCGGAGGGUCUGGACGAGGUACAGACACUAAUUCUCGACGAUAGACCUAGUGAAGAAACUGAGAGGACACAGCCAGUGGUACAGAUGAACUCUCAACUACAGGAAAUCAUAGAUUUGCAAUCCAGUCACUUUCCUGAAGAAUUCAAGGGCAAAGAAACACAUCUGACUCGAAACCUAGGAUUGUUUAAAGAUGUAGACGGUAUUCUUCGUUGUAAAGGUCGUUUGAUGCACGCGGACUUAUCAUACGAAACUCAGCAUCCGAUCUUACUACCGAAGGAUUGUGAAUUCACGACAAAGAUAAUAAAAGAUGCUCAUGAAAGCCACUACCAUGUAGGCGUACCACAUACACUGAGUGUAAUACGUCACCGAUAUUGGAUACCUCAAGGUCGAGUACAGGUUCGAAAGGUUAUUCAAAAAUGUCCACAGUGUAUUAAGCACGGCGGAGGCCCAUACCAGCUGCCUAAAACCCCGGCUCUGCCAGUUGAAAGAGUAAAGUAUUCAAGUCCAUUUACAUAUACAGGCGUAGACUACUUUGGCCCAAUGCAUGUUGAAACAAGUAAUGGCAAAGAAAAGAGGUGGAUCUGCUUAUUUACAUGUCUGGUGGUACGAGCCAUUCAUCUGGAGGUAGUACAAGAUAUGAGAGCGGAGGAAUUCCUACUGGCACUUAGGCGAUUUGUGGCUUCCAGAGGAGCCCCUUCACAUAUAAUGUCUGACAACGCGAUGCAGUUUAAAUUGAUGUCUGAAGUCUUGUCAAGUAACUACUGUACACAAAAUAAGAUCUUUUGGAAAUUUAUACCACAAUUAGCACCCUGGCAUGGUGGCGUGUACGAGCGACUUGUAUCGGUGGUGAAACACUGUUUGAAGAGGACAUUGGAGAAGCACCUGUUAAGCGACAACCAGCUGUUGACGGUCCUGAAGGAAGUGGAAGCCGUAGUCAACACAAGACCUCUUACUUAUGUGGGAGCAGACGUGGACUAUGUUUUGAAACCGGCAGACUUUUUAUCGAUGGGUAAAUGUUUAGAGUUAGAUCUGCCUAUUGACCAGUUGACUCCUGCAACCAUUACAAAGGAAACCCUCGUUGAAGGAUGGAGAAGGGGCCAGAAAGUGAUGAAAGAGUUUAAGAACAUGUUUAUUGGGCAAUACCUUCUCAACCUUAGAGAAAAGUAUCAGCACUCGCCCAAACAACCCAGAGUAAUGUCACACAUCAAACCUUGUGUAGGCGAUAUAGUGCAAAUUAAAGGUGAACAGAAAAACCGGAAUCAAUGGAAAGUUGGAAGGAUAUCAGAGUUGAUCAAAGGAUCGGACGGAGAAGUUAGAGUGGCAAGAGUCAGAGUGGAAAAUACUGAUUUCAUUCGCUCUAUUGGUCAUCUCUACCCACUCGAAGCCGAAGUUGUGAGUGAAUAUAAUGGUGCACCUAAUAGUGUAAACCUACCUGAAGUACCUGAAGUUCCUACGGCAGUGGAGCUUGACCAAAUACCUGCCUACCCUCUUCAAGAUCAAGUAGCCAUUGAUGUAGAGCAACUUGGAGGAGUUAUUGAAGAAAUAACUGGAUCACAUCAGGAUCAAAUGAAUGACGUAGGAGAUGAGCUUGUGAAUACAUCCCCAGUAGAUGCUCCUGGUGCAGAACUUUCCAAUCAGGACAAUAACGAUGGUAGACCUGAGUCUUCAGCCGAGGAUGGACCUGAGUCUCCAGCGGAGGAUGGGAGAGUAAGGCGCAACGCAGCUGUACGAGCGAGGGAGAAGAUUGCUGAGUGGACUCGGCAGCUGUUCGCCUUGCUGUAA